UUUAUAUGUGUCCCCUUUUCUGGGAAAACUCACCAAGUCCAAUUCCCACCACCGAGACAACAUAGCUGGUCGGCACCUUUUGGAUCCAUCAAGCCGUGUUUUUUGACAGGAAUGUUGUCGAUUUACGUUCCUAUCGUUUAUGUAGCUGUACUUAUCGGGUUCCUUUAUGGAAUAUCCGUUUUUGUCCGGAAAAGAAAGCCUAAGGGUCCGGAAAACUUGUUAGAAGACUGGUUUGGUCCCUGUCAUGCGAGAAAUGUAUUUUUUUCCGUGCUUAAGCAGAAGCCGCCGGCUCCCGACGUAAUUCUCAAAUCGAGCUUGGUCAUUCGUGGCACAGAGGAUUUGAAGAGACUCUUAAAAAUGAAGAAUUCCCGAAAUGCAUUGAAUGUCCUUAUUAACCGUGGUGCUGUCGGCGACGAGCUAAUUCAAGAAUUUACACGACUUGAAAAGGAAAUGGAAUUAGAGUUAAUGGACGUUGCUAGAACAGCAAACACACUUCAAGAAGGCUGGAACCAGUUCUUCUUCCAGAGCUGUAACGAAAUUAUUAACAAUGAACGUAUCCACAACAAACUUGACGAAAUUCCCAAGAACAUUGAGCAAGCCUCUAAACGCUGGCAACAAGAAAAGGCGGAAUUUGAACAAGUCGAAGAACAAAAACGCAUCCAAGCUCAAAAGGAGCUUGGUGUUUUGUAAACAUUCGUUUUAUGUGUAUAGCUGUCGAAUCCAGCGCUCUUGGAGAGGACAAAAUCUCUAAGAAAAAUGAAAUAAAGACGGUAGAAUGACCUGUGCUAAACUAAUGAAAAACACUAUCACAGUUGUGUAUCCUUUCUUCUACUAUUUAUGCUGCUUUUCAUAUUCCGCAAUGAGCUCCUUUUGAACAUAUCCUGGUGCUGGAAGGUAUUUGAGAAACUCCAUUGUAAACUCGCCUUUUCCUUGUGUGGAUGAACGAAUGUCAGAUGAGUAGGAAAACAUACUGUUCAGAGGGACUUCAGCUUGUAGUGUAAACUCCUCUUCACCAAUGUCAGUAUUAACGAUGGUCGCCUUACGCUUAUCCAAAUUGCCAAUUACGACACCUUGGUCAUCUACAGGCGCUGUAACGGUUACGUUCAUAAUUGGUUCCAAAACGAUUGGUUUUGCGGCCAUGAAAGCUUGCCGGAAAGCAUGUGUCAAAGCAACGCGAAAAGCUAAUUCGGAAGAGUCAACAGAAUGUGCUGCUCCGUCCUCAAGGACGAGCCUACAGUUUUUGAUAGGGUGUCCAGUAAGAAAGCCCCGCUCAAGACAUUCCUUGAAUGCUUUCUCACAAGCUGGAAUGUAUUGACUAGGGAUGGCACCUCCAACAACGUGGUUUACAAAUUCAUGAUCCACUAGGCGGCCAUUUCCAUCUUCCUUUGGUUCCAUGUAUUCAAUAUAACCUUCCACUUUUGCAUACUGGCCAGCACCUCCACUUUGCUUUUUGUGCAGAUAACUGAAAGGAGCCUUCGUGGUGAUCGUUUCACGGAACGCCACCCUGGGCUUGCCUGUAAUGCACUCGGUGCGAUAUUCCCUCGCCAAACGCUCCAAGUAAAUUUCGAGAUGCAAUUCUCCCAUUCCGCUGAUAAUUGUUUCAUUGGAUUCCUUGUCAAUGUGAACACGGAAGGUAGGAUCUUCUCGUUGGAAUCUAGCGAGCGCCUUGGAAAAGUUUGGUGAAUCUUUAUUUUUCGGUUUUAUCGAUAAGGAGACAACUGGUUCGGGAACAUACAUGGAAGACAUCACGUAUUUUAUGGACCCGUCAGUAAACGUGUCACCGGAAGCACAGUCUACUCCAAACAUAGCACAAAUACUGCCUGCUGGAGCUUCCUCAACAUCUUCCAUUUCAUCUGAAUGCAAUAAAACCAAGCGUGGAACCUUGAUUCGUUUUCCCGAGUUAACAUUUGUAAUUUGAUUACCACGUUUCAGUACACCUUGAUACACUCGCAUAUAAGUCAGUUGACCAAACCGCCCGUCUUCAAGCUUGAAGGCAAGUGCGACAAGUGGUUCAUUGUAGUCGGUGUGUAAUGUUACGGACUUUUCUCCUUGGUUCACAUCAAGCGCCGUGUUCGUUACAUCAGAUGGAUUGGGUAAGUAAUCGCAUACUGCAUCCAAGAGAGGUUGCACACCAAUGUUUGCGAGUGCUGACCCCAUAAAAACCGGUGUGAAUUGACGAGAAAGUGUAGCUGACCGUAUUGCACUCAUUAACUGUUCGGGAGAGGGCGUUUCUUCCAUCACGUACAGCUCGCCAAUCUCCUCAUCAAUGUUAGCCAAUGUUUCAAUAAGCAGAGCUCGUUUCUCGUUUGCUAAUUCUUUCAAGUGUUCAGGAAUAGAACCUGUAAUUUCCACUUUCUCUCCUUUCUUCCCACGAUUAUAAAUACUCUGCAUAUGGAUUAAAUCAACAACACCUUCAAGAUUGUCUUCAGAGCCGAUGGGAAUCUGCACGGCAGCGGCGGCAAUUCGAAGUUUCGCGUUCAGUUGUUCAAUGGCUCGCCAAGGGUUAGCACCCAUCCGAUCCAUUUUGUUUAUGAAUGUUAUACGGGGAACAUUAUAGCGCCGCAUCUGACGGUCAACCGUUAUAGUCUGUGAUUGUACUCCAGAAACAGCACAUAAAAUCAGUACAGCUCCAUCAAGCACACGAAGCGCGCGUUCGACUUCAAUCGUAAAAUCAAUAUGACCAGGAGUAUCAAUGAUAUUAAUGAUAUAGUCCUGUUCAUCGCCAUCUUUUUGCUUGCGUUUCCAGUUACAGUAUGUAGCAGCGGAUUGAAUAGUUAUACCCUUUUCACGC